AGUUCAGCAAGCUCUGCGGCAAAAGUUAUUUCUGAGAGCUCAAAAGUUGCAUAGUUUUAAAAAGAACUAAAUCGUAAAUGGCAACAAAAGCAGCAUUAACCUUUGAAAUGUUAGCCAAGCGAUUGGGUGCCAUUAAAUCCAUUGCCGGUGGACAAAAUCUGAGCUUGUUGAGACCGGCCCAGACACAGUUCCGACAUGGAUAUAGCACAGAGAAGCAGCCAGCGGCCGAUGAGGCAGGUGAACCAAAGAAGGCACCUGAGUCGCCGGAAAUUGAGAGACUGACAAAGGAAUUGGCGGCAGCAAAGGAACAAAACAGCGAACUGUUGGACAAAUACAAGCGUUCGCUGGCUGAUAGCGAGAAUAUGCGAACACGCCUCAACAAACAGAUAAGCGAUGCCAAGAUCUUUGGCAUACAGAGCUUCUGUAAGGAUCUGCUCGAGGUGGCCGACACUCUGGGCCAUGCAACCCAAGCGGUGCCCAAGGAGAAGCUCGACGCCAAUGCAGAUCUGAAGAACCUCUUCGAGGGUCUGAGUAUGACACGCGCCUCGCUCCUGCAGGUGUUCAAGCGUCAUGGCCUCGAGCCACUGGAUCCCAUUAAUCAAAAAUUCGAUCCCAAUCUGCAUGAAGCAUUGUUCCAAAAGGAGGACUCCACGGUUGAGUCCAAUACCGUCGUGGAGGUAACCAAACUCGGCUACAAACUGCACGAACGUUGCAUACGCCCCGCCCUUGUGGGUGUAUCCAAAUGAUGAGUGUUGUUUAUCCUAGAAACUCUUCAUUUACAUAGCAUAGCUCCCAUUGUUUGCAAAAUUGUCUUACGCUGCAAAAUUCAUGUACGUUACUAUGUAAAUAUAUGUAAGUUCCCCCCAUGUACAGGGAAUAUGCAUUAGAGAAUCUAACUGAGUUAGAAUUUCCCUUCUAAGAUGGAGAGACAAGUCGUUCCCUAGUUUUUAAGUGCGCUACGGUCCUUCAGAAUGCAACACAUUUGCACCACGAUUGUUGCUCCUGAAUGGCCAAUUAAGGUCUUUAACUAUAUAUGAUAAUAAAACGGUUAGUUUGUUUUCGAGAUAGCAA